CCGUCCCCCCAUCCACCCCACCCCACCGCCCUCCCCCUCCAAAAAACCAAACUACCUCCCCGCCGCCGCAGCCGUUGCCGCCGUCCCCGCCGCCGCCGCAGCAGCAGCCCCAGCAACUCCAAUCCGCUCCUCCCUCUCCCUCCGUCGCGCCCUGGGAUCCACGGCACCGCCAACACCACCACUCCCCCCGCCAAAAGCCUUUCCCUUCCCUUGCAGCUGGGCCUGCUGCUGCGCCUGUGCCCGCCGGAACUCGUCGUACGCUGCGACGUCCUGCGACGAGAGUUUUAUUGCGGUUGGGUGGCGGCGGAGCAUUGUAUUGUGUUAAGUGGUGAGGGUGAAGGGUGAGCAAGGGAUGUCGUUACUGUUGACCGGGACCGGGAGUGGAGCUGGAGAGUUGGAGGUCGAUAGCGGGAGCAUUCUCACACCGCUAGAAAAAGAAGUCCUGACCGAGCUACAGAAGGUGUUAUUGACGAAACGACGCCAUCCUCGCCACCAUCGCCGACAUCGGAGCGGUGGAGACAUCGCAGCGCGGAGCGGUGGACAAGGGACUGGCAGUCCUAGGCGGCGAGACAGAGACAGAGAUCGGCAGCAGAGAGCGGGAGUAAUGACUGUCUUCUUCUUCUUCUUCUUCUUCUUCUUCUCUUCUUCUUCUCUGGAUUUUACAUACAGUAAAGUAAUAUAUACCCCGUCUCCAUCUCCAUCUCCAUCUCCAUCACCAUCACCACCUCCAUCACCGUCACCACCACCCAUCACCACCGCAUACUUUUCACCUCACCCACAGCCACAGCCACAGGCAUCCACUCCUCGGGAAGAAAUCCAUCCAGAAAUCCACUUCUAGCAGAAAGUAUUAAUCGGAAACUCGAAACUCAAAACUCGAAAUUCGAAAUUC